GGCACUUCCCCUCCGGAAGUGGAUGUCGACUACGCGCGGGCGGACGCGGUGCUGGGAGCCGCCUCGGGCCGGGCGCCUUUGCGUUUGUUACUGGCGGUAAAGCGCCGCUCUCACAUUUGGAGUGGAGCAGAGACGCCGAGAACUUGGAACUAGCUGUGCCAUGAAUCCCGAGCUUGCAAGGAAGAUUUUCAAAGGAGUUAUAUUUGUGGAAAUUAUCGGAGUUACUAGUGCAUAUGCACUAUAUGCUAAAAUGGAUAAUAAUCAAGAUUUCAGACAAAAAAUGCAUAGGAGAUACCCAUCUAUCCUAGAAGUUUAUUACAAGUGUAAUGAAUACGCUGGUUUUCACGGAAAAAGGGAGAAAGAUCAUAAAGCAUGGUUAAUCAACAAAAGCUAAAUCAUUUUGUGUCUAAACUUCUUUUUCUGCUUGAUGAUGCUCUUCACAUCCUUAUUGUGAAUCCACCUGUUACGUUCUUCCUCCCACCUGAGCUGUUUGACAUCUAAUGAAGGAAGACAGAGAGCACAUAGAUAAGUUCGGAGUGACUACAUCCUGGGAAAAUCUGGCAUUAAGUUUUAUGGAUGCAAAGAAUACUGCCUGAGUCAAAGAGAUUCAUGGCUGACAAACAUUCUGCCAUGUUUUAUCCUAAAAAACACAAAAUGCUUUAUGUACAAAUAAAUACAAAGUUUCCCUCCUCACUUUCAA